CCAAAAACCAUCCAAUUGCUCAAUUGUCCAGAACCAGAUAUUCAUACGUACUCAUUGCCAUAUACAAUGCCUCUCAUCAUUUUGCAUCCCCUCAUACUUCUCCACAUACCCGCUGAACCCGCUUCCCCUCUGUUCUUCAUUGUCUCAGUGAUCACCUGCAUUUGAAGUUUCUUCGCGAACCUAGGUUUUUAUUUCUCUCACCCUCUUCAUUAUUCGGCCUUUUUUGUUCACCAGUGCCAUUUAUUGAUUGCAACGUUAUAAUGAAGUUUCAGCUUCCAUAGUUCAAAUUGAACACAACUUGGCAACAACGCAGCAAAGAAUGCGAAAGUUGGUCUGAAUGAGAGGUUCUGUGUUGCCUUCGGUCCAGAUGAAAAAAUCCUUUGCAUGGCGGCCGCAAUUGAUGAAGGAUAUUAUGAUCAUGUCUAAGUCAAGGCCUCGUCCACCAUUGAAAAGACCAACAUGGAUUAUUGCAUUGAUUUCGUUCGUCUGUGUUUUUUUUACUGUAGCCUAUUUCUACCCACCGAGAAGCUCUGCCACCUGCUAUCUCUUUUCUUCUAGUGGUUGUACUGUGUUUGGAAAGGAUCCACCUGGUCCUGCAAGGGAAUUGACUGAUGAUGAGACUGCAUCUGAUGUUGUAGUUAAGGAAAUUCUCAAGACACCUCCUCUUCAAUCAAAGAACCCCAAAAUUGCUUUCAUGUUUUUAACUCCUGGUACAUUACCUUUUGAGGAGUUGUGGGAAAAUUUCUUUCAAGGCCAUGAGGACAAAUUCACUGUUUAUGUACAUGCUUCUAAGCAAAAACCAGUACAUGUGAGCCGUUAUUUUGUUGACAGAGACGUACAUAGUGAGCAGAUGCCAUUAAUAAUAAAUUUGCAGGUCGUUUGGGGAAAAUUUUCGAUGGUUGAGGCAGAGAAGAGACUUUUGGCAAAUGCACUUUUAGACCCUGACAACCAACAUUUUGUCUUGCUGUCUGAUAGUUGUAUACCACUGCAUAACUUCGAUUAUGUAUAUAACUAUCUCAUGUACACAAACGUCAGCUUUAUUGAUUGUUUUGUUGAUCCUGGUCCACAUGGAACUGGCCGGUAUUCAGAACAUAUGUUGCCUGAAGUUGAAAAGAAGGAUUUUCGGAAGGGUUCACAGUGGUUCUCUAUGAAGCGGCAACAUGCAAUUGUCAUGAUGGCAGAUAGUCUUUACUAUACAAAGUUCAAGCUUUACUGCAGGCCAAACAUGGAUGGGCGCAACUGCUAUUCGGACGAGCAUUACCUGCCAACUUUCUUUCAAAUGAAAGAUCCUAGUGGACUUGCGAAUUGGUCAGUAACAUAUGUUGAUUGGUCCGAAGGGAAGUGGCAUCCAAGAGCAUAUAGAACUCAGGAUGUUACUUAUGACCUCCUUAGGAACAUCACGUCCAUCGCUGAGAGCACACAUAUUACAAGCGAAGACAAGAAGCAAUUACUGACCACUCCUUGCUUGUGGAAUGGGAUGAAGAGACCCUGUUUUCUAUUUGCCAGAAAGUUUUAUCCUGAAACUUUGGGGAAACUGCUGCAGCUUUUCUCCAAUUACACAAAAGUCUAAAUUUUCUUUUGGUUCUGUCAAUGUCAAAUGCUUCCUCGUCAUCCCUCAGUUCUGGUACAUAGCUCCCUUGAUUAUACAUUGCCACUUUCAACACAUUCUUUGGAUCCUUGGUUGGAUAGAUUUUUGCCAUGUCAGUGAAGCUGUCAAGAUAUAUGGCUUGGAUUAGUGGUUGAGAGGAUGCUUGUUGUAGAUUGGUUUUUUUUGUUUAUGUAUUUUAAAUUACUGAAUGUUGAAUGAUAAAUUCAUUCAAUUUCAGGUUUUUGACAUUGUUCCAAAUCUCCCAGCCUUAGAAAUAGGCUAGAAGUUGUACUGAAUUGUGAGUGUGCCACUAUUAGCAUUGUAAAACCCUAAUAGACUUGAAUAAAAUUAAGUAACUUGCGCACCAAGAAAUCUGACUUCCAACCAAGCAAUUGUGUAUUGAAUGGGGAAUUGGUUCAAUGUU